GUUUAUUUUAAUGUAGCGUACGAGACAAUUCAUUACAUCAUCUCCAUACUUCUUAGGUAAAGGACCUCCUAAGUCACCUUCCAAACUGCCAAUCUCCCCCAAAAGUUCUGUUUUGGAAGCGGUCACUUCCGCCGCUACUAAAGGAGUCCAGCCCCUCCCUCUUAGGACACGAGCGGCCCAGGCUAGACGACGACCACGACGCGGAGGAGGAGACCAGAAGUCAUGGUUUCUUACUUUUCCAGCUAUUCACACGCUAGGCAGCCCAGUGGACAUGAAUGCGCUCAGCCACCUCUCAGGAACCGCCACGCACCCGAGCGAAGGCCCGGCUCCUCACGCACUGGAAGGCGUGCGUGGGUGGCGUGCGUGGGUAGCGUGCGUGGGCGCUCGAGCGCCAACGGCUCCUCACUACUGCCCCCCCCCCAAGGUGGGGGGGGGGCUGGCCCACAAUCCCUCGCGAGGGCGGGAGAAGCCAGGAGGAAGCAAGUGACGGGGACCCAGCUAGCAAGAGCCAAGGGCUCUAUUCCUAGGGUGCGGGCACACAAGGAGCCUCCCACGACACGUCUCUAUGGUUCUCGCAGCGAGAAACUGGCGACUGACCAGGGUUCGGUUGCUGCUGCUUCAGCUACGUCCACCUAGGGGGAUGAUUUCUACUAAAGACUCGAGGAACCCAUGAAACAGGCCAGAGCGAGGGCAAGAAACUACCGGGCCUCGCAUCUCCAGCCUCGCUUUUUCACUGUCAAGCUCUACCCUUGGAAAGGGAACCCCCCGCCCCAAAGCGCUUCGGCGGAGUCACAUUGGAAGACCACGCUGCAGCGUGGACACUGGUGGGAUGACCCCUGCAGCAAGGCCUCGUGAGGCUAGGCCGCGCGAGCCCCGCCCCUUCCGCUGUGCGCAUGACGUCACGCGGCGUGGCCCGGGGCGGGCGGGGUUUGGGCCGCUGGGGCUUUCGCGCCUCCCGCGCCACGUCACUGGGCGCGGAGGCGCCGCGCUUUCAAAAUGCAGCGGGAAUUCGUGAGUUUCCCGCUGUCGCCCGCGGUGCGCGUGAAGCUGGUGGCUGCAGGUUUCCAGACUGCCGAGGACAUCCUGGAGGUGAAGCCGUCUGAGCUCAGCAAAGAAGUUGGAAUAUCUAAGGAGGAAGCAUUAGAAACUCUACAAAUUGUAAGAAGAGAAUGUCUCACAGAUCAACCAAGAUGUGCUGGGACCUCUGUGGCAGACAGGAAGUGCACAGCACUGAAACUUCUUGAGCAGGAGCAUACCCAAGGCUUCAUAAUCACCUUCUGUUCAGCACUAGACAACGUUCUUGGGGGUGGAAUACCCCUAAUGAAAACGACAGAAGUUUGUGGUGUACCAGGUGUUGGAAAAACACAGUUAUGUAUGCAGUUGGCAGUGGAUGUGCAGAUUCCAGAAUGUUUUGGAGGGAUAGCAGGUGAAGCAGUAUUUAUUGAUACAGAGGGAAGUUUUAUGAUUGAUAGAGUGGUAGCCCUUGCAACUGCCUGCAUUCAGCACCUUCAUCUUAUAGCAGGAACACACAUGGACGAAGACCAUCAGAAAGCCUUGGAGGAUUUUACUCUUGAAAAUAUUCUUUCCCAUAUUUAUUAUUUCCGCUGUCAUGAUUACACUGAGCUGCUGGCACAAGUCUAUCUCCUUCCAGAUUUCCUUUCAGAUCAUUCAAAGGUGCGGUUGGUGAUCAUAGAUGGUAUUGCUUUUCCUUUUCGUCAUGACUUUGAUGAUCUGUCCCUUCGUACUCGACUACUAAAUGGCCUGGCCCAACAAAUGAUCAGCCUUGCAAAUAAUCACAGGUUAGCUGUUAUUUUAACUAAUCAAAUGACAACAAAGAUUGAUAAAAAUCAAGCAUUACUUGUCCCUGCAUUAGGGGAAAGCUGGGGACAUGCUGCUACAAUAAGGCUUAUUUUUCACUGGGAACAAAAGCAAAGUCCCCAGCCUGAGGUCUGCAGUGACCCGUCAACCACUGCUUGUGUUGCCGUGUGUGACAUCAGAGCAAACAUACUCUGAAUGCUGCACAUUCAGCUGCAGAGAGAAUUCUUUGUGUAUUUAAAUGAUGGAGUGAAUGCACCUGGAGCAUGUAGGUGGCCGAGGAAUUGCUGCCUUCUGAUACUCUUUGAAAUCAUUUAUUAGCUAUGAAGAAGGAGGUGGUACUCGGUGUUCCUAGAAGGGAUUGAAAGAGGAAUAAAAUCAGGACAAUAAGAAAACUUUGGAGGUUAGUGUUAGGACUAAUGUAUGUGGGAAACAGGAUGGUUUUUCUUAGUUGCUUAAUAUAGUUCUUGCAUGAAAUUGUGUCUGCCAUUUUCCCUUUUAUUACCCAUGUAUUUACCUGCCUUUCACAAGUAUUGUUCUUUAAAAUAAAAUCAUGGCAGCAUGGAGCCUUUGUGUUUGUUUCUAAAGCUGCUGAGCAAGUGAAUGAACCAGCUUUCCUUUUCUUUAAAAUAGGCCAUGGAAAGCUAUGAAGCCUUUUAUUCUGAACUUCAAAAAAUGUCAGAUUUAUGCCAGCCUUUCUGCUUUGUGAUUAAUUGACAUAACCUAGAGAACUUGGUAUGGAAGUGCUCUAAUAAAGGAGGAAACUGAGGCAGUAUGUAGGGCAAUAUUGAGCUUGGUCAGUGAUACUGUAUUUUUUUAGAAAGCUGUAUUACAUGCCACCUUCUAAUGCUCUUUCAAAUCCAUAUUGUGGCUAGCUAUGUUGGCACAUGUCUAAUCCCAGCACUCAGGAGACUGAGGCUAACCUGGACUGUAUGUCCAGAUCAGACUAGGACAAUCAGACUGCACAAAAAAGAAAAGAAGGGGUUGGAACUUUAGCUCAGUGGUAGAGCGCUGGCCUAGCAAGUACAAGGCCGUGGGUUCGGUCCUCAGCUCCAGCAAAAAGAGAAAAGAGAAAGCCAUAUCAAUAUCAUGUACAAAAUUUUUGGCCGUGGUGGUGGUGGUGGUGGUGGUGGUGGUGGUGGUUGAUAUAGUGUCUUUUUAUGUAAUCUUAGCUGUCCUUGAGUUCCAUGUGUAGCCCAGGCUGGCCUUGAGCCUCACAGAGAUCUGCCUGCCUCUGCCUUUUGAGUGCUGAGAUUAAAGGAGUGUGCCACCACUCCCAGCUUUUAAAAAAUUAUUUAUUUAAUUUUAUGUGAGUUGUCUUCCUGCCUGUUUUUUGCAUGUAUGUAUGUACAACACGUGCAUCUCUGGUGCCCACAGAGGUCAGCAGAGGGCAUUGGAUCCCCUGGAACUGGAAUUACAGAUGGUUGUAAGCCACCAUGUGGAUGCUGGGAACUGAACCCCAGUCCUCUGCAGGAGCAGUGAAAGCUCUUGACUACUCCACCACCUCUCUAGCCCUUACAGUCUAUAUUUUGAAAAGGAAGUUACUGGACUUUUUGGAAGUAGCCUCUGGAGAUAGAAACUGCAUGAGUCAGUGCUAAAAGAUUACUCGGAAGGGUACUCACUAAAACCUAACUGGGUCAGGCAUGAAUUUUUUUUCCCCUUUCUCCUGUAAUAACUGUUUUCUAGAAGAUAAUUGUAAUAUUGCAUACAAACCUGAAUGUAUAGCUUUUAUUCUUUUCUUCCCUAGUAAAGUACUUUUCCUCCAAAUUGUUUCUUUCAAAUCUUUGGGCAUAUGAUGGUAAUGUGCUUACUUUAUAAUAAUCAGAAUUAAUUGACCUUGUUUAGUAACUUAAGAAUCAAGAUAUUUUUGUUUAUUGUUUGAAAUCAGAUAUUUUUGUCUUUAAAGUUUUGUGAAAUCUUUGCGUGUAGGGACUAUGGGGGUUUUGUUUGGUUUUGGUUUUGGGUACUGGAAAUUGAACCGAGGACUUCUGGCAUGCCAAAUACAAGCUUUCCCACUGAGCUAUAGGCGUAUCCACAAGACUACAUGAAGUCUUAUAUGUUGUUUAUUUAUUUUUUGUUUGUUCUUGAGAUAAGAUGUCAAAUAGCCCAGGCUGGCGUGGAACUUACUAGAUAGCAUAGGAUUGCCUUAAUUCCUGAAAUUUUCGCCUCUACCUUGUAGUACUAGGAUUACAGAAGAGUCUCACUACACCCCAUUUUAUUCCCCUGAUAUUGGGGAGUGGGGCCUAGGAAAUGCUAGAUAAGCACUCUGCCUUUUACAAUUUUAUCUUAAAAAUACGAAGACAAUUUAUAAAUUUAUAAUUAUAAAAAUCAACACUGAAAAAUGAAAACUGAAGACUUGAAAAACAAAUUUAUAUUGUGAAUUGAAUUUAGACGUAAUCAUGGCCUAGUUUCCAUCCUUCACUGGUAACAUCUGAUUUUAUAUUGUGCUUUUUGUUUUUUCUUUAAGACAGGCUAUUACUAUGUAGCUCUGACUGGUCUGGAACUUGCUAUGUAGAUCAGACUGCCUCUGCCUCCCUGGUAUUGAAAUUAAAGGUGUGCACCAUCACACCUGCCCAAUAACAUCUGAUUUUAACCUUUGACAAAUGAUAGAAUGACAUUCCAACAAUUCUUAAAUGAUCGUGUCUGUGUCCUUAUAUUAUGUGGGUUCCCCAGUUUGCAUAUUCAUGAUAAUAUGAGGCCAAGAUUGUUCAGAAUUAUACCACUCAUUGCCAAGAAGAUCUGCUGGUAGAGUGGAGUAAUACAUCACACCCCCACACAGCAUUUCAUAUGUGUGCUCAGCUUUAGAGCACAAAUUGUACUUCUGUCUUGUUUCUUCCUGACCCAAACUAUGUAGCUCAGCCAUAUGUUAAGCUUCAUCUCAGCUAGGGCUACGAGCCAAGUGAUUCUUUUUGGUUUAGUUUAAAAAGAUCUCUUGAGAAAAAGAUCUUUUUGAGAUGCUGACAUGAUAUACAAAAUUUUUUACCUAGAAAUUUGAAGAGAAUUUUCUAACUUGAAAGCUUAAUUGAAUUGCUUUUGACUUUAGGAUUGUUUUUUCCUUUUUAUAGCUUAAGCUGGCCUAGAACUCUUAGCAAUCCUCCUGCCUCCUGCUUUAGCAUUAUAGGCACAAGCCACCACACCUGGUGUUGAUUUUAGGAUUUGUACUAAAUGUGUAAAGGCUUCUUAAAAAUCUUACUACUUUUUUGUCUUGGGCAUGGUAUCAUAUCACAUACCUAUAUCUCAGCACUUGAGAGGAAGGUUGUGAGUUCCAGGCUAGUUUGAGGCACAUAGUUGUACUCUGUCUUAGAAAGCCCUGGGUUCAUCAUUCCCUACACCAAGAGUGAGCAAGAGAGGUUACCACUUCUUGUUUUGUUUUUUUGUUUUUCGAGACAGGGUUUCUCUGUGUAGCUUUGCGCCUUUCCUAGGACUCGCUUGGUAGCCCAGGCUGGCCUCGAACUCACAGGGAGGUUACCACUUCUUAAUAAUUUUCUCAAAAAGUUCAGAUGUACUUGGCACCUUCUAGGAUAUACUGGUAAUGUGAGAUGACUUACAUACUAACUUUUUAUAAGACUAGCUAAUUU